AUGCAACAAAUGGUACUGCCAGGAUUUCUUUAUCCUCCAAUCUUCGUCUUCGUACCAGCUGCAGGCGAAGUUGCGCAAUUAUCGUUCAAUAGUAUCGACGAGCCCUUCCAUGGCUUCUCCGAUCUUCUCUUUCUGGGGUAUGCCGCGCAUGAAGGGCAACUAUCGCCAAUCUAUUGGCCUCGAGAGCACAUCCAUCUCGCGGACGCAUCCCAUGCUGUCAUGAAUCAUAUAGGCUACCUGGCUACUGGCGGCGAUAAAAUAUAUGACAUCUACGAGAUACGGGAGAGCGGUUCGACCUUUCUCAGGAAUAUCAGUAGCUUGUUUUGUAAGGGCAAUGCAAUCAAAAGGGAGGCUUCUCCCAUCUGGACACUCGAUAUGCUCCAGAAAAUCCAUAACAUCCCGUUUCAUGAAGCCACUUUUCCAUUAGGGUUUCCGCCUCCUGCACCACCCCUCGUUAUCACGGUUGAGCACCCUCCGCAGCCUUUCUGUCUGGUAGCACCGACGUCGCCAUACCCGUCUCUGGAUGACGAUUACGAAUCUACAGGACGAGGCGUCACAGCAUCUAUAUAUGGCGCUACCACUGUCGAGGAAGGGGACAUCGUUAUCCCGAGUGCCCUUGAGGAUGAUGACUUCGCCGUUCAGGCGCCAUCCUUUCACCCAGAGCUCUCCUGGAUAGUGGAAUCUAGGCUGGAUAUCCUUGACAGUUAUCAGAAACAGUCGCUCCGAGUUUCGUUGGCAAAUUCAUAUUGGGGAAAGCCGUUUCAGCUGGGGAAAUGUCUUUAUUCAGGACACUUGUUGGUCGGGAUUCCAGAAAACCCGUUUGAUAUGCACCCCGCAUUCUCAAGGCAAUUGAUAACCACGUGUUUCAUCAGAGCAGUCCUUUAUUACAAUACAACGUUUGAAGCGCUACUUGGAGAACGGUUAAAGAUCAAGAACGCUGCUGAGAUCGAAAGUGAAGUGGGUUGGUCAUAUCUAAGGAACAAAGGACAGUUCAAGGACUCGUACAUAGAUUAUACUUCCGACCUGCGGAAGGUGGCAAGAGGUAGUGCGUCUCCACUGACUGGGUUUGUCGUCAGCGACGAGCAUAGAAACCAGAGGAUUCUUGAUUUGAUCAUUCUCCUCAACUCGGACAAUGUGCAUUGGAUUCAACAAGCAAUCAGUGAUCUUGUUACUACUCAGGCUUUUAAGGAGGUCCUAUGGGUCGCAUUGAUGCGACCUCUCCCUGAACUUGCUGAUGUCCAUGGACGGAUGGCGGAUUUAUUUCCUGGGGACAUUCAAGACUGGAAUGGCAAUCUACGAUGCAGUACUGUAUGCUCGCUCGUCAUACUAAUGUACCAGGCCUUUACUCAUGGUAUAAACGCGCAGCCGCAGUGUUACCUGAAAGCGCCCCAGCUACAUCCACGAGUCACAGCUGCUUGCAAUGAUAUGUAUAUGUGCCCAGAGCAGUUCCCUCUCUUCUCCGAAGCGAUCAAACAACUACCUUCCUUACGGGAAGUAAAUGUCUUCGGUAUGGAUACCAAGAACGGGGUCCCGAAAGUAACAAUAAUACAGGGAGUGAGGCGGGUGAAGACCUUGACCGAUAUUUCGCCCAUACAAAUCAAUAGCGCCCUGGAUUUCCAAGUUCCCUAUGCGCAGUUUUCAUUUCCGGCUCCCAGCCACCAUGUGGAGAUGCACAUCUCUCACUUCUGCACGAAGCCUUAA